CCGCGCGGCCGCUGCCAUGGGCGCGAGGGGCGCCGACGGGUCGCGGGCGCUGAGGAGCAGCCGUUACGGUCGCUGGGCUCGCUUCGUUCGGCCGCUGCGUUUGCGUCCCUGCACCGGCCGUUGAGUAAGAGGAGGAGGCGGCCAGGCUGGGUUCAGUGGAAGCUGAAGGAUGGCCGAAGCCCCGGGACCGCCAGGCGACGAGGUGGCGACCCUAAGGGAGAAAGUGGCUGCGCUAGAGUCGGAGCUGGGCGCCUGCCAGAGCCGCCUGGAGCGGGAGAAGAAGUUGCGCCUCAAAGCCCAGGCCAGCGCCACUAAGUUACGGAGACGGAUUGAAGAACUCAAGAAAAUCAGUGACGGAGAAAGAAAUGAGAAGGCAACAUCCAGUGUUGAAGUGCAAACUGAAGAUGCUGCUGAAUGGUCACAUGAAGGCUAUUACUAUUAUCAUAAUUAUUAUAAUAAUAGUUCUGAUCCUCAUGAGCUAAAUGGAGCACAAAUACAGCCAAGUUAUGAUAAUGAAGGAUCAAACUCUGAUUAUGCAGAUCAGUUACAAUUAGGUGAUCAGCCGGAUGUUAAUGGCAUAGAGCAUUGCGAGGAUGGAGAACAGGAUGCUGUGGUUCAUAACAUGCAGAAACCAGAGGAGCCUGUAUUAGCAGAAGGUACAUUAGCAGAAAACUUGAGGGCUGCUGCAGAGGCUGCUGUGUCACAAACAGGAUUUAUAUAUGAUGAAACCACCGGAUUAUAUUAUGACCACAGCACUGGAUUCUAUUAUAACUCGGAAAACCAACUAUAUUAUGAUCCAAAUACUGGAAUUUAUUACUAUUGUGAUGUUGAAAGUGGCCGAUAUCAGUUCCAUUCACGAGUGGAUCUACAGUCUUAUGAAACAGCAACAGCUCAGUAUAGCAAAGACAGGAAAGGCAAAAAGAAGAGAAAAGAUGCAGAAUGGCCUAGGGCAAAUGAGCAUAAGGACUUGAAAACAGAUGAGCAAAAAUCAUCCAGCAAUCUGAAUUGCCUUUUUACCACCAAUGAGCUAAGUUCUCCAGAAGAAGACAAAGGUCCAAAUUUGAAAAAGGCUAAGGUGGACUCUGAUACAAGAAACAGCCUAUCAGCCAAAGAAUCAAUUACCACAACUGGCACCAAUUUACAUUUUGAGAACACACCAUGUACUGCUGUGAUAGAGGACAGUAAAACAGAGACAGAGAGUGAGCCUGAAGAAGGUGAAAUUACAGACUCUGAAGAGGAGGAAUAUAGCAGUGAAGAUGAAGUAACAAGUGAUGAAACUGUAAAUUCAGAAGAAACUGACAGUGAAGGCGAAGACAAGAUUUGGCCCCCUUGUAUUAGAGUGAUUGUGAUUAGAUCACCAGUACUGCAAAUGGGAUCUCUGUAUAUCAUCACAGCUGUCAAACCUGCCACGAUUGGAAGAGAAAAAGAUAUGGAACAUACACUGCAGAUUCCUGAGGUUGGAGUUAGUAAGUUUCACGCAGAAGUAUACUUUGAUAAUGAAUUGCAAAGUUACGUUCUUGUCGAUCAAGGCAGUCAGAAUGGUACUGUGGUUAAUGGAAAUCAAAUUCUACAGCCUAAAACAAAGAGCGAACCUCAUGUUCUGGAACAUGGUGAUGAAGUGAAAAUUGGGGAAACGGUUUUAUCCUUUCACAUACACCCUGGGAGUGAAACCUGUGAUGGAUGUGAACCGGGGCAAGUCAGAGCCCAUCUUCGCCUUGAUAAGAAAAGUGAAUCUUCGAUUUGCACUGUUCUGACAAAAGAAGAGAAGGAAUUGGUUAGAAGAAAAGCAUUAAAACAAAUUCGUGUUAAGUAUGGCUUGCAGAAUACAGAAUAUGAAAAUGAAAAAGUUAUAAAAAACCCAAACUACAAAGACAGAGCAGGAAAACGCCGUGAGACAGUUGGAAGUGAAGGAAACUUUCACAGAGAUGAUGCUCCAGCCUCUGUACAUGUUGAAAUUAGUGAUAGCAACAAAGGUCAUAAAAUGAUGGAAAAGAUGGGAUGGAAGAAAGGAGAUGGGCUCGGAAAGAGUGGUGGCGGAAUGAAGGAUCCGAUCAAACUUCAGCUGCACAGAAAGCAUGCAGGCUUAGGUUCAGUUACUCCUACAUCUGCAGAAGAGGUUCAGAUCAUCAGCACCAAGAACAGAAGGAACUGGGAAAAAGCAAGAGAGAGAUUUGCAGAAAAAUUUCAGGAGCCUAAAACACAGAAAAAUGCACCAAAGGAUCUGACUUGGGUUAGAGAAACUGCAGAAUGACAUUCAGAGUUUAAUGUUACCAUGAUUAAAUAGAUUUUUAUUUUAUGCUAAAAUGGAAGUUGGGUUAUUUGUAUAUUUCUAAAACUGAUGUAUUGGCUAGUUAUCUGCAAUACACGGUUGGUUUAUGUUUUCAUUUUCUUUAAAACAAAACGUGUGACUGGCCCAGGACUUGGUUGAAUGGAUUUUGAUAUUAAACUUUCAGAACUUGUGGGUAAUUUAUGAGGGAAGACAUUUUAACCCACCUAGUCAGUGAAUUGAUAUAUUAAUCUAUUCUUGGAUCU